UUCAAUGUAGUGUAGAAUUUAGCGGAGUUUGUCUGAACUGUGUGUGUUUAUGAUUAUUUUGAACAUAUUACUUAUCCAUACAUUGUCAAAAUUGCCACACCUCUUACUUUGCUUCCUUAGUGUGAUGUUACAGACCAAACAUGCACUAACAGAGGCUGAAAACUACGGGAUAGUUGUUAUAGUUCUCCGUUGCAUACAAACAUCCUGCAGCGAUGGCAUCAGAUGAUGACACCAAUCUGCUUGUCAUCGUUGUGGAUGUUAAUCCAAUAUGGUGGGGGCAGCAAGCUCAGCGUGAGCCUCAGUUCACCCUGUCCAAGUGUCUGGAUGCUGUCAUGGUGAUGGGAAACUCCCAUAUGGCCAUGACCAGGACUAACAAGCUGGCUGUAAUUGCAAGCCAUUGUCAAGAUAGUCACUUUCUGUAUCCCAGUAAGAACUGGAAAGGCGGGGAUGGCAGUGGGGAUGAUGCAUCCUCCAGUGGAGACGGGAAGUAUGAACUGCUGUCAGUCGCCAAUAACCUGAUUGCUGAAGAGAUCAGGGAAGUUAUGUCGAAAACUGAAGUCAGAGGAAAUUCAACUGAUACUAUGUUGGCGGGAUCCCUGGCCAAAGCUCUUUGCUAUAUUCAUAGAACCUCAAAAGAGUUGGAAGUGGGACAGGAGAUGAAAUCCAGAAUAUUGGUGAUAAAAGCAGCAGAUGACUGUGCACUCCAGUACAUGAACUUCAUGAAUGUGAUUUUUGCUGCUCAGAAGCAGAGCGUCCUGAUAGAUGCCUGCGUGUUAGACUCUGACUCCGGUCUCCUUCAGCAGGCUUGUGACAUAACUGGAGGAUUGUACCUGAAGAUCCCUCAGAAGGUUGCCCUGGCACAGUACCUUUUGUGGGUGUUCCUGCCUGACUCUGAACAGCGCUCACAGCUGGUGCUGCCUCCUCCUGUACAUGUGGACUACAGAGCUGCGUGUUUCUGCCAUCGUAACCUCAUUGAGAUCGGUUAUGUCUGUUCCGUUUGUCUGUCAAUAUUCUGCAACUUCAGCCCCAUCUGCACAACUUGCGAGACUGCCUUCAAAAUCCAGCUACCAACGAUGGUCAAAGCCAAAAAGAAAAAACUCAAGCCAAUGUCAUGAUGUUUUUCUACUGCAUUAGAUUUGUUAUUUCUUUUUUGAUACUGAUUAUGCCAUUUUGUUUGGUAUAGAUACACGAACUUCUGAACAGAACUUAAAGACAGGAGGUUAAGUGAACUUUAAUAAGACUGACUGUGUUUACUUGCUAGCUCAUACUUUCUGUUAACGGUUGUCCCUGUUAAACAUGAUCGAGUAUCAUAGAAUCUCAACCCUAAAAAACAUUUUGAGUUGUCAGUUACAAAAAAUGCAGAUAUGUAAUAAUACAAAACAGACACUCAUUUGGCCUGAGUGUAUUUAAGUAUAUAUAAUUAUAUCAGCAAAGAACAAAUGUAGCAGUCAGUGAUGUUGUACAACUUUUGGGCAUCUUGUCAUGUACAUUUAAAUACAAUAAACACAUUUUCAAAUGUGUUUAUAAAAUGUGAAGGUGUCAGUAUACAGUCACAAAUUU